CGGAACGAGGGGGAAGGCCAAAAAGAGGUUUUCUGUUCAGUUCGCUGGUGGCCAUCGUCUCGUCGAGGGAGGUGGAAAAUUCUGUGUGGUUGGUUAAUCGCGUUUGUGUUCAAGGCUUCGGGUUUUCUCUUCGUGUGGUCACUUCCGGGAAUAGCACGCCUAGUGGUUCCCGCCCGAGCGCAGGUUCCGGAACGGUCCCCAGAAAACUUCUCUCUUUCCCCGUGAAGGCCAGUAGCACGGCAGCGGCGCAACCACGUCGAACUUCGGCGCGGACGGUGAGCACGUGGGUGGACGCGAAGCCGUAAAAGCAGAAGCAGGUGCCCCGGCAGCAGGGCAAUCGGGAUCGCCGCCCAAAACGGCAGAUUGUGAACGGCUUUGCAAACACUCGUCGGACGUCAGCGCGAAAACCAACAACAAACGGCCACCGGACGAGAACAGCGAGCACCGCCGGGAACGCAGCAUGUCGUCCAGUUGUUGCGGGACAAAGAAGCAAAAGCUCAACGGGAACUACUCGGCGAACGGGCACUGCUCGGGCGAGGGGGGCAGCAACGGAACCGCCAUGAACGGCCACAACGGGUACCUGACCAAUGGUCACGGGAACGACGUGGGCCACUCGUCGAUGGGCGCCCAGAUGCCGGAGAUGUGCUUCUACUGCUUCGAGGUGCUGUACCGGGAGCUGAACAACCUGGAGGAACCUCGUACUCCGUCCUUCACCAACGAUCCAUUCCCAUUGUUUGUUACCUGGAAAAUUGGGAAGGACCGGCGUUUGCGCGGAUGUAUCGGAACAUUCAGCGCAAUGCGUCUUCACUCAGGUCUUCGAGAAUACGCAAUAACAAGUGCUUUAAAGGACUCGCGCUUCUCGCCGAUCACGCGGGACGAGAUCCAAAGACUGACCGUGUCGGUGUCGAUCCUGCAGGGCUUCGAGGAGGCCCGCGGCUACCUGGACUGGACACUGGGCACGCACGGCAUCCGGAUAGAGUUCUACAACGAACGGGGCUCGAAGCGGACCGCGACCUACCUGCCGCAGGUCGCCACCGAGCAGGGCUGGGACCAAACGCAAACGAUCGACUCGCUGCUGCGCAAGGGCGGCUACCGGGCCGCCAUCACGCCGGAGACGCGUCGCUCGAUCAAGCUGACGCGCUACACGUCCCAGGAGUGCCACAUGACGUACGGGGAGUACCGCGACCUGGUGGAGGGCCGUGGCGUCUCGGGACAAUCGCAGUACAACGUGCCCGGUAAAGUGCAAUGCUAACAACACGUCUUUUAUCUGCCUCCACCACGACCUCCGCCGCAACAUCAACAACAACAACAACAACAGCUACAUCACUACCAGCAGCCGUUGCAAAGUCUGCAACCGUCGCCUAUCUGUCACCAGCAGCCGAUGGCAUGGAGCGGAACUCCGGCCACCGGUGGUGCUGGUGGAUCGUUCUCCUCUUCCUCGUCCUUGUGCUCGUCCUCAUCGUCCUCGCCUUUGUCCUUGCCGUCGUACUCGCCGCCAGGGAUGAUCCCCCACCACCAUCAAUCCUAUCAGCCCAGUUUCCAUCCCCCGUUCCAGUUCCAUCCGGUUCCGCCGCAGGCCCCGUUCCUUCCGCCACCGGCAGCAGCUCCCCAGCAACCCCGAUCCCGCUAUUUUCACUAAACCGCCGCAGCAGCAGGCGGUGUGAUUCAGGCAGAUAAAAAGAUACCAAAACACAGACACACAGUUCUAAUAAUACCUAAAUAUAUAAAUAUACGAGGAGAGGAAGAGCGGUGGCCACCUGCAUGACGAAAGUGUCCACCCGGACGGCUUGCUAGGGCACCGACGAGGUAGAUUACGGAAGCAACAAAUGAAAGCGGUAACUAAAUGUUCAUUAAUCUAAAAAGAAAUACUAACUAAAUAGUACUAAUAACAUAUAUUGCGAUGAUAGCAAGAAGAGAAAUAAUAUUUUAAAUUAACAGAAGAGAUAAAAUACAAACACUUUUUGAAUCGAG